CAAAGGUGGAACGACGUCGGACAGGGCCGUCCGGAGAAAUCAUCCCCUUCAAAACCUCUGCCGCCAUCCUCGAGUCAUGCAACGAUGGGCUCCAAAACUCCAGACGAUGAGCGACACAUGUAUCAGGACCGCGACGAUCCGUUCACCGCCUCAUCCAGCGGCACUGGCGGCGAGCAACGAGGCGCCCACCUCGCGAGAGAUGGCGAUGGCUGUAUGGCGGGCGACGGUGGAACAAACGACGACGAUGACGACGACGACGACGAUGCCGCCCGCGUCGAUGCCGCCCUGACUGUGACCAACAGUGCUGGCUCCGCUGACGCGAGCAAGAAAAAGAAGCGCAAGCGACCCAAGAAGAAGAAGAGCAAGGCAUCCGCUACGAAGCAGUCGUCGCCGCCCAGAGUCCCGCUCGCUGACCUGUUCCCUUCCGGCAAAUAUCCCGAGGGCGAGCGUCUGAGCUACGGCUCCGCGUUCGAAACCACCACCAGGGCCAGGGCCCUUGGAGUGCGUCGCGGCGGCUAUCGGCCUCUGGAAGACGACGCGGUUCUAGACGACUACCGCAAAGCUGCCGAGGUCCAUCGUCAGGUGCGACGAUGGGUCCAGCAAACCGUGGAGCCCGGCCAGACACUCACAGCCAUCGCCACGGGGAUCGAGGACGGUGUCCGGGCACUCUUGGGCAACCCCGGACUCGAGCCCGGCCAGAGUCUCAAGGCGGGAUUGGGAUUCCCAACAGGACUUGCCUUGAACAACUGUGUCGCGCACUACACGCCGAAUCCUGGCCAAAAGGAAGUGGUUUUGCAGCAGCAGGACGUGAUGAAGGUCGACUUUGGCGUCCACGUCAAUGGCUGGAUCGUGGACAGCGCAUUCACCAUGUCCUUUGACCCGACGUACGACGACCUCCUCGCCGCCGUCCGGGAUGCUACCAACACUGGCAUCAAGAACGCUGGGGUUGACGUUCGCAUCAGCGACGUCAGUGCAGCCAUCCAGGAAGCCAUGGAGAGCUACGAGGUCGAGAUUCGCGGCAAGGUGUUUCCCGUCAAGCCCGUGCGAGAUCUCUGUGGCCACGACAUCAAACGGUACCGCAUCCAUGGCGAAAAGACUAUUCCGUUUGUCAAGAACUCGAAUCAAACCAAAAUGGAAGAGGGAGAGGUGUUUGCCAUUGAGACAUUCGGGAGCACAGGACGCGGCGUCACCAGGAACGGCGAUGGCAUCUAUGGCUAUGGCCUGAGUCAUGAUGCCCCGGCGCAUGUAGCUCUCCCCCUCAGUUCUGCCAACCGUCUGUACAAGACCAUCAAGGAGAACUUUGGCACCAUCGUGUUCUGCCGCCGAUACCUCGAUCGGCUCGGCUGCGACCGCUAUCUGGCAGGCCUCAACUGCCUAGUGUCCAACGGGAUACUGGAUGCCCAUCAGCCGCUGAUGGAUGUUGCUGGAUCAUACUCUGCCCAGUUUGAGCAUACCAUUCUACUACGGGAGUCACACAAAGAGGUCAUUAGUCGAGGUGACGACUACUGAGUGCGCGCGACGUCCCACCGCAAGACUACUGCAGGCGUCGAUCGCCGGCCCCCAGCUGCGAUGGGGGGGGCAAUGUUACGACAGACGUGGUUUCAACACCGCAGUAUGCGGGAUGGGACUUGACAUGAGGGCGAGGAAAGAUGGUCUCAACACCAGGGAAGCCAGUAUGGUAAUGGCCUCGCGGUCGGAGCGCAGGUUCAACACACUGAUGCCGGCCUCGAGGUCGACGGGGCAGGUCGCAACACCAAGCCCAACUCUUUACUUCACAGACGGAUCACACUACAUAUGUCGAUCCCAUUCUAUACAGCUUUUGCCGCGCAACAAUGCACACGAU